GAAACUAUUCUCACAACUCACAACGCAAGCCGAUAGAGAGUAUCCCUUCAAUUCCGAAGAGCCGCUUUCAAAGGGAAUCUCCUCCGCCUGACUCUUCCUUUGCCUGGAAUACUUGGGAAUUUCCCUAGCUCAGAAUUCGGACAGAAGUUCUUUGCCUGAAGACUUUGCAUCAUUUCAGUCUAUUUUAUGAUCUCUGCCACUUCCAUCUACUGACAGAUCUGCAGGUGACAGACUCACUUUGCCCUUUCCAAUUUCUGAAAGAACUUUUUGGUGAUCUACUUUUAUUUCCUUCAAUUAUCUGAUCUAUUUCACUCUUUCAGAGCAGUUAUUGUGUGUGCUGUAAGCUUUCCUGAUAUAUGUGUAUCUGAAGCCUUAUUGUUUAUUAUAUUGCAUAAAAAUGCUCUUAGCUUACUGAUUUAGAAGCUAAAUUUAAGUAGGGAGGUGAAACUGAAAUACUUUUGAUUGGAAAUUUUUGACCGAAGUAUAACAGUAAUUGUCACCUUUUUGUGUCUUAGAUUGACACUUAUUGGUAAACUUUUAAACUAUUAUCAUGGCAAUAACCAUGGCUGCAAGUGGAAUGCUUGUUCCUUCUCUAGCUGUCCCUGAGCAAACUGUGGCUCUUCAGAUUGGAACAUGCAGCCCAGCAGAAAUGUUAGACCGGGUCAGAAAGACGCAGGUAUAUAUCUUGUCUGGGAUUUCUAGACAGGUUGAGAGUGAGCUUAAAGGUUUUAAAAAGUCAGUGAUGAGGUUAAAUUCCAACAUGACUGAAGAAGCCGCAGCAGUGGGCAUACAAAGAUGGAAGCGUUCCAUAAAGGCUUGUUUAAUGAGGUGCCAGGAUACCCUGGUGAAUUUAGAAAGGUGGGUCAAGAGAGAAAUGAAUUCCUGGAGAGUGGUGUUUUCUAGUUUUGACAAAAUGGCCAGCAAAACAGACCAGGCUGUAUACAGGGCCAGUAAGGUGGAAGAAAAACCAAGAAGGUUUUUCCAAGGCUUUGGAUUUUUAAGUGAUAAAAAGAAGGAAGAAGAGUUAUCCCAAGACAUUGUAGACCCAUAUGCUCCCAGCCCAAAAAAGGAAUGUGAACCACACCAAUGGGUAGUGAUCUCAGUUGACGUUCUCUCCCCUCCAGAGUUUGAUGCCAAAAUGUCAGAAGAUCCCAGGGAGUUCAUUGUAAACCUGGAGAAAUAUUUCAAGCGCAGUGGUUGGGAUGAAAAGGUUUGGUUAUCACAGGUUGAUAAUCACUUGAAAGGAGCAGCUAAGAAAUGGUGGGAGUAUAGAAAAGAGACCAUAGACAGCUGGCAUGAUUUCAAAGUAGCAUUCUUACAGUAUUGUGAAAGGCUUUUGGUUAGGGAGGCCAUCAAACGGGACUUAGAUCUCCCUCAAAGACGCUGGGAGCCCUUAGAGCAGUUUGUAUGGAAGAAAAGGGCCCUGUACCACAGGCUUUAUGUAGAUGCCAACGAGGAAGAGAUGAUUCGCUAUAUAAUUAGCACCCUACACCCCGAGAUCAGGCGUUUCUUGAAGCCCCCAUUUCCCAAGACUGUGGAUGAGUUAGUCCAGAUGGGCAAACAAAUUCAGUUUGAAUUUGAACAGUCAGAGAAACAAACCCUCAAGGCAGCUUACUCAGAUGAGCAAAUUAGUACCAAGCUGAAGGUGAUGGUCACAAAGGACCCUUAUGAUAGCAACAGUGUCUGUACUGAGAAAAUGUAAUUGAGGCGUAUAUGAUCCAGAAACAUGGAGGAACCUUCUAAAAGUUGAAACUUUAUCAACUUUGAAAGAAUCAAUUCCCGGCAAGUGAGUGAAAUUAAAGAAAAGUCUGAACUGAGUAUAAGCUUCAGAACCGUAACUGAAGUUAUAGGAGAGGGUAGAAAAAGCCGGAGUGUGUCUGUUUAAGGCAGAAGUUCAUAGUAAAACCUAAUAGCUUUAGGGAAAAAGUUACAGAUUCAGUUUCUCUCGACCCAUCUUUUUCAUUCUGAAACUUUAUUGCUGACAAUCUAUUUUCUCUGUUUUGCAGAAAGAGAAAGAAACACUGAUGUGUGUUAAAACUAACCAUCACUUACAGCUAAACAGAAUGAAUAAUCAAACACGUCAUUGGGACUCAUUAAAUCUAUUUUUUGCUUUGAAACAACCGGCUAAACGGAAAAAAUUUGUCUUCAGAACCCAGUGUCAUUUGACUUUGGGAUAAAGCUAUAAAUGAUAUGAUAUAAUUGAUUGAUAUGGUUGGCUGUAAGUGACAGGUUGAACAUGUGUUCACUUUUAAGAGCAUUUUUAUGAUUUCGUAAAUGAAAAAAACACACGUGUGAUGUACCAAAUAAUGUAAUAACUUAGAUAAUAAGCACUGAAGUUAUUUUAUUUUUACUGUAUAAUUUACACUGCAAUAUCUGUAUUGUGCUAUAAAUAGCAAUUCCUAGACUAUAUCUAUGUGUAUAUAAUAGUUGUUACAAGCAAUAAUGCACAACUAUAACCUUAUUUUGUGCAUGGCAAACCCAUGGCCCUGAAGUUGUAAUGACACUUUCAGUAAGAGUAAUUUAAUUGCAACUCAAAGGCCAACGUGGGUCGGAGACACCUGCCUUACUGAUCAAUGUUGUGAUGAACUUGUAAUCUUGCAACUAAUUUGCGAAUCAGUAUUGUAGGGGUAUUUUACAUUCGCACGCGUGUUUUCUAAAAGCCAUCCGUUAAUACUGUACUGAUGUGUAUUUUUAAAAGUCUACAAAAAGUAUUUUGAUAAGUUGAAUGUUAUUAGCAACCAACAAAAAAAAUGAUUGUGAUUUAUUUUUGGAAUGUAUAUAACUUAUCUAAUUGAAUGCAAUGUAGCAUAUUUUUUUUUAACCAAACUAAAGACGUGAUAUUAAAGCACACGGAGGUGACUAUGUUACAGAAGAUACCACCAUAUCAGUUCCUGGGUGUCCUCCCUGAAGGCACCUGAUGUUUCUUAGCAUUGACUUUCUCAGUAGAAAAAUAAGAGGCCUACAAGGCUGGACUUAAUAACGUUAUCUCAUUUGCUUCCACUUGAUGAACUGCUCUGUAACUUGGAUCUGAAGGCAAAAGUAUUGGACUUUAUCACGAUUUUGAACCAAACAGAGACAUAUAUAUAAAUCUCACCAGGCAUCUUCUGUACCUACCAAGUAGAUAUGUAUGGCCUGCAAUCAACGUUUUUGGCUAUGCCAACAAAUCAUACUUUAUAGAGUAUAAAAGUAGGGGCUUUGUGGGAUGUAGGAACAAUGCUCAACUCAGGAAUACCUGUGAAUCUAUUGAAAUAAUAUGAUGAAAGACCAACAAAGCUGCAGCUACAAAGACUAAAAGCUCAAUCAUAUUGGACAAAGUCCUAGCAGGCACAAUACAAUCAGGAGAGAAGUGGACUGGCACCUACCUGAAAGACAUUGACAAUCAGCAUCUUGAAAUGAAUUCCAUGUUGGAAAGAUAUCGGGUCUGGAUGGUCAGAUGUUUGGCUGCUACACAAGAGGCCUUCAUAAUACCACUAUUUCCCAUCAGUGGAUAAAGGUGCAUGGAGCUAUUGGACACAGUCUUUGGAAUCCAUGGACUCUGGAAAGACCAUGCAAAGUUGUUGG